CCCUGAUGGAGGCCGAGGAACAGGAGGAAGAUGCCAACUCUCUCUCAAAGGACGGAUCAGAGACUAACUCCCGUGACUGCCUCCGCUAUGUGCCCCUUGGGAUAGCCUUUCUUUUGUUGGCUGGAGCUGCUGCAGCAACCUGGUAUUUCCUAGACUACAGACCGUGGCACCUGGAACCGGCCAUCCUGCAGUUUUACUCUGGAAGCCUCCAGGUCCUCAAUCGCCAAUACUCCCCGGACCUUGGGCAGGUGGAGUCCAGAGCCUUCUGGUUGGAGUCAGCUAAGCUCCAGAAGAUGCUGAAGGAACUGAUUCGUGCCACAGACCUGAGUCGAUAUUACAACUCGAGCACAGUGUAUGCCUUUGGGGAGGGGGCUCUGACCUUCUUCUUCUGGUUUGCCCUCCAAAUCCCUGAGAGUCAGCGGGAGGAGUUGACUGUUGAGAGGGUAAACACAAUGCUCCACCAAGAGCUCUCCAUCAGCUUCAACAGUUCGGGCAGCCUGUCCUACCAGACGGAGUACAAGGUCAACCCAGACUCGCUGGUUCUGCUGGAAUCCAGUGUGAAAGACAUAGUAGUGCUGAAAUCCACUCUGGGUUGCUACAGGUACAGCUAUGUCCAGGAGGAUGACAUCCUAAGGCUGGAGGGCCCUGACUACUUGGCCUCCAGUUGUCUUUGGCACCUCCACAGCCUCAAGGGCUACAUGAUCAAGCUACGCCUGGAGUGGACUCUCCCGGACUGCAGGGACCGCCUGGCUAUGUACGACGCAGCUGGGCCCCUGGAGAAACAUCUCAUCACCUCGAUCUAUGGCUGUAGCCGGCAGGAGCCCGUUGUGGAAGUCCUUUCAUCUGGCCCUGUCAUGUCCAUUGUGUGGAAGAAAGCCAUGUACAGCUACUACGACCCCUUCAUCCUCUCAGCACAGGCGGUGCCCCUUAGAGGCUGCGAAGUGAAUAUAACUCUGCAGGAGGGCCUGGAGCUGCAGGGGAAGAUCGGCACCCCACACUACCCCAGUUACUACUCGCCCAACACACAGUGCACCUGGCACAUGACGGUCCCAUCCCUCGACUAUGGGGUCACCCUGUGGUUUGACGCCUAUGCACUCAGCAGACAGAAGCAUGACCUGCCCUGUACCCAAGGCCAGUGGAUAAUUCAGAACAGAAGGUUGUGUGGCCUGCGGACCCUGCAAGCCUACGCUGAGCGGAUCCCAGUUAUGUCCUCUGCUAACAUCACCAUCAUCUUCACCUCACAGAUCUCCUUAACUGGCCCCGGCGUACAGGCAGCUUACAGCCUGUACAACCUAUCUGACCCAUGUCCCGGGGAGUUCCUGUGUUUGGUGAAUGGCUUGUGCGUCCCAGCUUGUGACGGGAUCAAAGAUUGCCCCAAUGGGCUGGAUGAGAGAAAUUGUGUUUGCCCUGCAAAGUUCCAGUGCCGCGAGGACAGCAGGGUCUGCAAUCAGCAGCUGGACUGCAUCAACGGGAGCGAUGAGGAGCAGUGCAGUGAAGGGGUUCCCUGUGGUCCUUUUACCUACCGCUGUGAAGAUGGGACCUGUGUGAAGAAACCCAACCCCCUGUGUGACACCACUGCAGAUUGCAAGGACCUGUCCGAUGAGAAGCGCUGUGACUGUGGCCUGCAAGCCUCUCUCAGCAGGAUUGUGGGUGGUGCGAAUUCUGUGGAAGGGGAAUGGCCGUGGCAGGCCAGCCUGCAAGUUCGGGGACGCCACAUUUGUGGGGGAACACUCAUUGCUGACCGCUGGGUGGUCUCAGCUGCGCACUGCUUCCAGGAUGAGAGACUGGCCUCUGCCUCCAUCUGGACCGUUUACUUAGGUAAAUAUUUGCAAAAUGCCACCAGCCACACAGAGGUGUCCUUCAAGGUGAUUCGCCUCUUCCUUCACCCUUAUUAUGAAGAGGACAGCCAUGAUUAUGAUGUGGCCUUGCUCCAGCUGGACCAUCCUGUGAUCACCUCACCCUUGAUCCAGCCCAUCUGCUUGCCUGCUCCUUCUCACCUCUUUGAGCCUGGCCUUCAUUGCUGGAUCACUGGCUGGGGAGCCCUGAAGGAAGGCGGGCACAUCAGCAAUGUUCUGCAGAAGGUGGACGUUCAGCUCAUCCAGCAGGACAUCUGCAGCGAGGCCUAUCACUACAUGAUUUCUCCCAGGAUGCUGUGUGCUGGGUAUCACAAGGGCAAGAAAGAUGCCUGCCAGGGUGAUUCUGGAGGUCCGCUGGCCUGCAAGGAACCCAGCGGCAGGUGGUUUCUGGCUGGUUUGGUCAGCUGGGGAAUGGGAUGCGCACGUCCAAAUCACUAUGGAGUAUACACCAGGAUCACUCAAGUGCUGGGCUGGAUGAAUCAAACCAUGAGCUGA